UUUUGCCCGUUUGCGUCACCGGUCACAGGCCAGUACCCAGUAGACCAGUACGAUCAACAUAGUCGAAUCUGCCCCUUAAUCUCAGUCACUUCCACACUCUCAAUGUGUUGUUGACAGAUUUUAUGAUUGAUUUUUCUGAUAGCCAAUCGGAUCAUUCUGUGCGUAUGUGUAUCCAAUCAGAGGCUGGUAAGGGCGGAGCGGGAACCUCGAGCACCAGACUGUGCAGUGCCUAUCUGUCAACUACAGUGUGUUAUCGCGAAUAUGAUUGAGCGUGGAAGGAAAAAAACACAUGUAUAAUUUCACAAACUGAGAUUUUCAAAUGAUUUACCGCGGACUUGGACUAAAACCUUACAUCUCAAAGUGUGCUUUGGACCCACGAGAAAAUACGGCAAACUGCAAGUUCUGGAUAGAACCAAGGCAAGGAAAAGGUCGGGAAGUUACGGAUCUUUGUUGUCCGGACAAGAGAGAGGGGCCCGAUUUCAGAGCAGCCAGUCUCGGGUGAAGUUAGCAAGCAAUCGGUACCAAGGAAGCCAGCAUCGUAAACCACUUAGGAAGAGGAUAGUCCAGUUUUCGACAGGUGUUUGAAGCGCUAGCAGUCAGAGAAGUCGGUGGUUAAAUAAAUACCAGUUGUAAAACGGUGUUGAGGUUGGAAGAUCAGGACUUCUGCUCGCAGCUUGCUUUCAGCAGUGACGUUAUUUGGACCACCACUGGUACCCUGCCGAAUUCCUGUCCAAGGGACGUUUUUGGUUUUGAGCAGCACACCGUACUUCCAACUGCUGCAAGCUGUUUAACCUGGAGGGACUUUUUAUUUUUUAUUGUGUCCACUGUUGCUGCAUCAUUCAGACUUGCCAAGCUACAAUGGUGGUCAGGUGUUUUAACCUGUAGCAGCGCCUCAACUCCACCUCGACACACAACAGUGGGCCGUAGGGCUAAUCAACAAUUCUCAACUGGAGGACCACACAGACUCUUGACUCUUUUAACUUCUCUGCUGGAAUAGACUGUACCUGUUUCUCCCCCUCUCUCCAGCCCCUAUCCCCCCUUAGUCCCCCUCUGCCUCCAUCCUCUCCACUCUCCUCCCCCAGUGUGUGAGGGUACAGAUGUGAGGAAGGUAGGAUGGGUACCCAGGGCAGCCCGGUGAAGAGUUAUGACUACCUGUUGAAGUUCCUCUUGGUCGGGGACAGCGAUGUGGGGAAAGGGGAGAUACUAGACAGCCUACAGGAUGGAUCGGCAGAGUCUCCGUACGCGUACAGCAGUGGCAUCGACUACAAGACCACCACUAUUCUGCUGGAUGGGAGGAGAGUGAAACUGGAGCUGUGGGACACGUCAGGACAGGGGAGGUUCUGCACCAUCUUCAGGUCCUACUCCAGAGGGGCUCAGGGAAUCCUGCUGGUGUAUGACAUCGCAAACCGCUGGUCGUUUGAAGGCAUCGACCGCUGGAUACGAGAGAUUGACGAGCAUGCCCCGGGUGUACCUCGUAUCCUGGUAGGCAACCGGCUCCACCUGGCGUUCAAGCGGCAGGUUCCUACGGAGCAGGCCCGGGCGUACGCGGAGAAGAACGGCAUGACCUUCUUUGAGGUCAGCCCGCUCUGCAACUUCAACGUCAUCGAGUCGUUCACAGAGCUGUCUCGCAUCGUACUGAUGAGGCACGGCAUGGAGAAGUUCUGGAAGCCCAACAGAGUCUUCACUCUCCAGGACCUGUGCUGCAGAGCGAUUGUCUCCUGCACGCCCGUCCACCUGAUCGACAAGCUGCCGUUGCCCGUGGCGAUAAAGUCCCACCUCAAGUCCUUCUCUAUGGCCAAUGGGAUGAACGCAGUGAUGAUGCACGGACGUUCCUAUUCGCUGGCCAACGCGGCGGGCGGGUCUAAAGGGAACAGUCUGAAGCGUUCUAAAUCUAUCAAACCCCCCCAGAGCCCCCCACAGAACUGCACACGCAACAACUGUAAAAUCUCCUAGUGAUGGACCCUGUCUGGGGGGAGGGGGGAGACUGACACCCUAAACACACUAAAACAGACCCUGUCCCUUCCACUGAGGAGAGGAUGUGUAGAGCCUGUGGGGAGAACCAAGUCUGAGACAUAACCUACACCCUGAAGGGAGGAGAUACCCUGAAACAGACCUAGCAAUUAUCCCAUACCCUAACCCUGGGGGAGGAGAAACCCUGGAUGAGGAGGGUGAUGAAACCUAGUGUAGGAGGAGGGAGGUGAAACCUAGUGGAGGAGGAGGACGGAGGUGUGUGUGCACAGACUUGAGGAAACCCGACCAGACAUUUCUGGUCAACCCUCGUCCAUAGGAGGGGUUGUGCUGGAGUUGUAAUACAUCCAGAAUAGAUCCAGAAUACACCCAGAAAACACCCAGAAUACAUCCAUCCACACCCAGAAUACAUCCAUCCACACCCAGAAUAGACCCAGAAUACAUCCACACUACAUCCAGAAUAGAUCCACACAACCCUACUGAGUUAUAGUGUUUUCCCCUCCUCUCGUCUUCCCCCCUUUCUCUCUCUGUUGAUCAGAGUGUUGCCUCCUGCUGUCCCAUGAUUCAUAUGUUAAAUAAUAGAUGUUCUCUUCAUGGAUCUCUGCCUGCUCUCCUUCCUUCCUCUCUCCAUCUCCCUCACUCUGCCUGCUCUCCUUCCUUCCUCUCUCCAUCUCCCUGACUCUGCCUGCUUUCUCUGCUCUCUCUCCCUACAUCUCCCU